AAAAGAACGAGGUCAUCCGAACGUCAGUUAUUUUUUUGACGUGGGUAGAUUCAAGUUGGUUGUCAGUGAAAGUGUCAGACAUGACUGGUUAAAUCUGGACCAUGAGUGAGGAUUCCAAUCACGGAACGCUGCCACAUGUGUUUACAACUUUACAUAUAGGUACAGUUUGUUUACCACCUUCACAUUAAAACUCUCUCAAUAUGAUGACUGUUAUGUCGGAAAGCGAAGAUGAUCUCAACGCCGAGGAAGAUUCCUCGUUGAUCCAAGGAGCAAAUUCAAGAGAGGGCAACAAUGACAAAAUAAGUGGAAAGGCAUGGGGGCGUGUCAAGAAUAUUGUAACCCGCUCCCAGAAAUAUCCAAAGAGUGUGUUCUUUAUCUUAGGCACUGAAUUUUGUGAGAGGUUCUCUUACUAUGGAAUGAGAGCUGUCUUGAUUCUGUACCUGACUAACUGGCUGGGCUUUAGUGAAGAUGUGGGGACCGCCAUCUUCCACUCCUUUGUCAUGCUGUGUUACUUCAGUCCCAUCAUUGGAGCAAUCCUAGCAGACGGAUACAUUGGAAGAUACAAGACUAUACUGUAUGUCUCGCUGUUGUAUGCAGUGGGGAAUCUGGUUAUGGCCAUCACUGCAGUACCCCCACCUGAAUGGUAUGGACCUGCUUUAGGGUUGAUCCUGAUUGGACUGGGUACAGGAGGAAUUAAACCCAAUGUGUCCUCAUUUGGUGCUGAUCAGUUCAGAGCUGACCAGGAGAAAGAAAGGUACACCUUUUUCUCUGCCUUCUACUUCGCAAUCAACCUUGGUAGCAUGCUGUCCAUUAUUUUGACUCCAAUAUUGAGAGCUGAUGUUAAGUGCUAUGGCAAUGAGUGUUAUCCCUUGGCUUUUGGGAUACCUGCCGCUUUAAUGGUCAUUGCCACAAUUAUAUUUGUUGCUGGAGGUAGUUUAUACAAGAAAAUGCCACCAUCAGGGAAUCUCAUAGGAAGAGUUUUUAAAUGCAUCUGGUCGGGAUUAUGCGGGAAGCUCAAAAAUUGCCGUAGUUCAGACACAAAAGAACACUGGCUCUAUUACGCAGACAGCAGUAAGUUUGAGCCAGAGUUUAUCAAAGAGGUGCAGAUUUUACUGAAGGUGCUAUUUAUGUUUGUUCCUACCCCAAUUUUCUGGGCCCUGUCUGAUCAGCAAGGAUCAAGGUGGACGCUUCAGGCUGAAAAAUUAAAUGGAGAUUUGGGGGCAUUGGGGACUGUGAAACCUGACCAAAUGUCUGCAAUAAACCCACUCAUGAUUUUAGUUCUCAUUCCCAUAUUUGAAAAAUUUAUUUAUCCAUGGUGUGAAAGGUGUAAAUGUCUGCACAGGCCACUUCAAAGAAUGUCAGCCGGCAUGAUCUUAACUGUGAUAUCAUUCAUUAUGGCAGGUGUUCUGCAAAUGAAAAUUGAGGACAGUUUAGAACCUCCGUUAAAGGAAAUGGAAUCUGGAAUAUCAUUUUACAACACAGUACAUUGUGAAAUUACUAUAAAGACAGGAGAUGGCCUCAACUUUAAAAUAGCUCCUUAUCAGAAAAGCAUUUACACAGUGAUAACUGCUCAGGAAAAUUAUGUUUUAAAUGUGACAUCUUGUUUUCCACCGCUCUCAAAAAAGGUGACACUUAAACCUCUUGAGGUCAACAGGAUGUUUGUUUGGUCCAAGGAUGGGAAAGACGUGAUGCUCAUUAAGAGGCAAGAUUUACGCUCCCAUCCUUUAGAAGGAAAAUCAAAAUUAAGUAUUUUCAAUGGAGGAGCUCUGCAAAAUAUGCAGAUAGUCGUUGUGUACAACAGCCAUAAAGGAACCAUUUCUAACCAGUCUGGCAUUCUGUUUCCAUCGUCAGAACAAAAGGGAGAACCAUUUCAUCCCAUUUACCCGGGACAAUACAAUCUAUACUGGCAGGAGUCCCGUGACCAGAACUGGACCAAGCAUAAUAGUUCCUUCAGUAUAGGGCAAGGGGCUGUGUAUAAUCUAGUGAUAGCUAGGAAUGGAACAGGGACAGUGUUAAGUCUUUUGACCAGUGUGGAAGUGAAUACAAUCUCCAUGGCCUGGUUGAUACCUCAGUACUUUGUCGUCACUGUGGGGGAAGUUCUAUUCUCCAUCACAGGCCUGGCUUUUGCCUAUUCACAGGCUCCAAUCACAAUGAAGUCGGUGGUACAGGCUGCAUGGUUGAUGACAAGUGCAGUGGGAAGUUUGGUGGUGGUUGUUGUGGCUCAGUCACAUUUUUUUACGUCUCAAGUUUUGGAGUUCAUGUUUUUUGCGGUCCUGCUCACAGUGGCCACCAUCAUGUUUAUUGCCAUGUCUUGCUGUUAUACAUACUAUUACACCAGCGGUCAUGGGAAUGGCUUUGACGAUAUAGAAGAACUAAUCAUUGAGGAAAAGAACGAAGACAUUCCACUGAAACAUUCCAAUCAUCCUAAGCACAAGUGAUCUCAUCAUGAAGCAAAUACUAGGAUAAAGCCAUUUGUCAAAGGGUUUGGAAAAAUGGAAUUUUUGAUGUAUGAUCUGAUGCUAGACAAAUUUCAGUCAUAAUAAUUUUUUGAUCCACAUAAAUCUCUCCAUUGCAAUUGUAGGAAUACAACUUGCUUUUUUAGUGUUCAUGUCUACUCCAGAGCUUCUUUUUAACUUCAAUUCAUAAAUUUGUCAUUUAGGGCAAAAAUCUGAAUAUCGGGGGUAUGGUAUACGUUUUGAUACCAUUUAUCUUUAUUUAUGUCUGAAUGCUCAUAAUGAUUUAUAGUACAUAAAUAAUAGUAAUUAUACAGACACAUGGUUUUUUUCCUCUCAAAUUGUUUGUUAUACAUUUGUAGUAAAUGCAACAUUUUUAUUGUAUAUGAGACAAAAUUAUUCAUUUCAUUGUUAUUCAAGUGCUAUGUAAUCCUCAGCUACAUUGUUAAAAGCAAUCCCACUGAUUAAAACCCUCUUUUGUUUUUAUUUUUUUAUAUACAUUGGAUAUAUACACAUGAUGUCAACAUUUUGAAUUUUAAUUCCAAAAUUGGGAAGUUUUUCCAUAUACCAGUAAUUCAAAAUGUUGUUCUAUUUUGUUUACCACCAUUACAAUAGCUACUAAAAAUCUUUUUUCAAGUUACAAUGGUUUAAGCAAAUGCUGUUAAAGCAAAUGUCAUAGCAGUAGGCCUAGAAUUAAAGGAACUAACCAUGAUAAAAAUGAAAAGUUCCAUAUACAUGUACAAUUGAACUUCGAUAUCUCGAACAUUGGUAUCUCAAAUACAAUGGGUAUGUCGAAGUAAUUUGUAUGUCCCAAAGACUUAUUUUUUAAAACUAUUUUACCCUCGAAUACUCGGAUAUCUCGAAGUUUUUAACAGUCCCAUCUAGUUCGAGAUAACGAUGUUUGACUGUAGUUCAUAGUUCCUAUAUUGAAGUAUAUGUUACACUUGCUUUCUAAGAAAAAUUCUGUUUUGGCAUGCUUCUUGGUCUCAGUUAAUUAAUGAAAAUAAAAUGUUGACAUGAUUUUCAUAAGCACAAAAGUACUUUUGUUGGAAUUGUCAUGUAAUAUCUUUAAACUGAGGUUUGGGUACUGUUAACAACUUGUUUCAUUAGUGUGUUGUAUUGCAUAAUGUGCAAUAAUGUGACGGUAUAUUUGAUGUUAGAUUAUUUGUUACUGAAUUCCUCAAAAUGUUAUGGAUUAAUUAAAACAAAUUGCAUAAAUUACUUUUGAAAUGUC